AAGUCUGCUCCAGGCCCAUGUAAAUUUUGGUGGGAUCUCAUCCGAACAGGCCUGGACCUGGACUCCGGUCCAGGUUAUCCAUGCGGCGGAGCUCUCUUCGUCUCCCGUUCCCCCUAACGCGUGCGCUCCUUCGCCGACUGGGCGACCGCCGCCGCCGGCCUCGCCCAGGUCUCCGUCCGGCCCUACGACAGGUUCCAUCGGGCCCUUAGCCGGCGACAAGCACCACCAGGUGCACUUUCUCUAUUCAGAGACUGAUUAGGAGUUCGAGGAGCAAAUCAAUUCGUACCAAAUAUAACCAAGCUUACAUGGCUAAGCCAAGUGAUUCAUCACAUCAUGGAGUUGUGGACAAUAGCUCCAAUGGAUCCCAGGCUAGGCGUGAGGAAGCUGGGAAACUUGGUCCAUCGUGGUAUUUCAGUAGAAGGGAAAUAGAGGAAAACUCUCCAUCCAGGAGGGAUGGCAUCGAUUUGAAGAAAGAGUCUAGCAUUCGGAAGUUAUAUUGCAAGUUUCUACAAGAGUUGGGCAUGGCGCUUAAAAUGCCCCAAGUGACGAUUGCCACAGCAAUGGUAUUCUGUCAUCGUUUUUACCUUCGUCAAUCCCUUGCAAAAAAUGAUAGACGAAUAAUCGCUACUGUUUGUAUAUUCUUGGCUGGAAAAGUUGAAGAAACACCUAAACCUUUGAAGGAUGUCAUCGUGGUUUCUUACGGGAUUAUUAAUAAGAAUGAUCCUAAGGCUAGUCAGAGAAUCAAGCAACAGAAGGAAAUCUAUGAUAAACAAAAAGAACUUAUUUUACUUGGAGAGCGAGUUGUACUUGUAACACUUGGGUUUGACCUUAAUAUUAACCAUGCCUAUAAGCCCUUGGUUGAAGCAAUAAGGAGAUUCAAUAUUGAUAAAAGAAGUCCACUUCCUCAGGUUGCCUGGAAUUUUGUAAAUGAUGGGCUGCGUACUUCGCUUUGCCUGCAGUUUGAGCCUCAUCAUAUUGCAGCUGGUGCUAUCUAUUUGGCUGCUAAAUUUCUCAAAGUGAAUCUCCCAUCUGAUGGUGAUAAGAUUUGGUGGCAGGAUUUUGAUGUCACGCCACGACAACUUGAAGAGGUUAGCAGUCAAUUGCUGGAGUUGUAUGAGCAAAACCGUACAACGCAGGCACAAUCAUCACAGGGAAGUGAAGCGGAGGGGAGCUCUGCUGGUGUGUGUAAUCAACGUUCAACUGUAAAGUCUGAAGCGAACUCCAAGGAACCAUCUGCUCAUGGUCAUCUUCAGGCAUCCAGACCGCCAAAUUUGCAGCACUCGUCCUCAACAGGUGCUUCAGGUCACCAUGACGAUGGGCAGUCAAAUUCAGACAAGCAUAUUUCUGGCCACAAAAUGCUUCAAAAUGACAAUUUUAACCAUGGUGGUAGCAGAGAAAAGAACAAAAGUGGAACCAAAACUGGUACUGUUAUGGACAAAUUGCACAAUGACAAAAAGUUCUCGCCUGGACAUCAUUAUUCCAAGGCCAGCCAUGAGUCUCAUAAUCCAGUGGAAGAACAUCAACCACAUGGAUCAGAUGAUAAUUCCAAUGAAACAAGAGAUGGUGUUGGUGGCAAUGAAGCUCCUGUUGUGUCAACAUCCAGAAUGGAUGCGAUGAAUAAAAUUGACAAGGAUAAGGUAAAAGCAGCUUUGGAGAAGCGAAGGAAAUCGAAAGGUGGUUUUGCCACGAAGGUAAAUGUGAUUGAUGAUGAUGAUCUACUUGAGAGAGAGCUAGAACAAGGUGUUGAGUUGGCUGUUGAGUUUGAGAAGAUUAAUCAAGAUAAGAAGCAGAACUCGUCCGAUGGUAGCAUGCAUCCACCAGACCUUGAAAACGCUGACGAAUUAAUGGAGAAUGGCCACCAUGUCAAGCAGAGUCUACCAACGACAGCUGAAGACAUGGGCUGUCCGAUGGACAGUAAAGAACGACAUCCUCCAGCACUUCAUAAGCAAAAUGAUGUUUCUGAGCACAAGUCACAGCAGCUUGAUGACACAUUGAAACACCAAAAGAGCUGUGAUCAUCCUCAACCUGUAGGAAGCCCUGAGCAGGAUGGAAAAGACUACAAGAGGCCUAAGCUUGACGGAUAGGUUUAUAUAUAUGAUUUUGGAUGGGUUUUCUGGAAGCUGACAAGCAAUUUGGUGCCGGAUUCAUUGUAUGAUGACGUAUACAUGUUGAUGAGCACGUGUCUUCUUCGCUGGUGCCUGAAGAAGUGAAGAUGCCGCGCCACAAAAUUGCUGUGCUGCGGAGAGCACCAAGAUGAUGCGCCCCACAACUGAUUGCAGCUUACAGUUUGAGGAAAGUCGGGCAGCAAUUAUUGUUAGGUUCCAACAAACAUUGGAAUAUAAUAUAUAUAUGAACGAAACAUGCUGUCGCGCUUCUGGUAUCAGCUGCAUUCGUUUCUUGUAUGUAAUGUUCUGGUUAAAGCGAUGGAAAGGUUUUAUCAAGGUCGCAAAUAUUAAUGCAGCUUUCCAUUUCUGGGUUUACAUAUUUUUCAAAUUAAACGGUUUACUUUUUUAUGUC